UCAUGUUGAUCGGAAAAAAUAACGAUAUGAUGAAGCCGCCGAUUCCUAAAUGACCCUGCCGGAGAGGCUGGAAGUCGCCGGAAUCAGCACUGCCUUUACCCUCCGGCAGUAGCAGUAGCAGCUUCAUCCCCGAUGAAAUAAUCUUCUUCGAGAUACUGGCAUCUGGAGCUCUCAAGGUCGACCAUGGUCGUGGUGCCGCGCAAGUACCAGGCCUCUCGAUUCCUCAACAUCUUCAGCUUCCAGCCAGGCGAAAGCAAGUGCGCCGAGCUGAUGGUCCGAAAGGAGUUUCAGCCCUAUGGGAUCCCGGCGUUCAGCAUUCCUCUCCACUGCGACGGCCUGAUCUUGAUCCCUGCCUUCACGGGGACAAUUUUCAUCUGCAACCCGGCCACUGGAGAAUUUGUUGAGUUGCCACCUGGAAGCCCCAGCCUUCUCCGUGAACACAGGGUGGCCUUUGGCUUUGAUCCCUGGAGUGGUACCUACAAGGUGGCCAGGCACUUCAUCCGCUCCUACAGAGAUACUACUACUGCGCAAAUGGAUGAUGGGGAAGAAGGUGGCACCACCACUAGUAGAGAAUACAGCUGCGGACAUGAGAUCUUGACAUUCGGUGGUGAUGUGGGCAAGGAAGAAGCUUGGGUAUGGAAGGCCACCGUGGAUCCGCCAUACCCUAUCAAGGCCAGGACCCCGAUUUGUCUCCCGGGGGUCUUCUUUUGGAGUGCUCUCAAGUCCAUGGUGCUACCUGCAAAGGUUAUCUCGAACGUCAUCCUUCGAUUUAGUUUACUUGAUGAAACAUUUACGGUGCACCCUAACCCUCCGUGCAGCGAAUAUCUAGGCAGGAACGAUUCCCUAUCUGCGCUAGGUGGUAAGUUAUGCUAUAUCCACUCCACCUCACCGUGGGACAAUUCCAUUUGGUUGGCGGAAGAUGGGUCAAAUCUGGCUUGGUCACUAUGCCGCCGAGUCUGCCUGCCGAUACCAAGAAUGCUUCUUGCCUUUGCUUGCGCGUCGACUGACCGGGACAAGAUAUUCAUCUCCGUUGAUGCGUGCAUCCUUCUCCGGUGUGAUCUCCGUGAUGGAUCCCUUGAAGAAAUAAUCAACAUGCCACGUGACAUGUUGUAUGAUCUCCGGAACGGCAGAAAAAUCAACAUUGGUGCGCUCUUUGUUGCCCAUUAUAUGGUGCCAUAUGUGGAAUCACUGUUGCGCAUCAGACCUUCGAGAUAACGAGACAUCAUAUCAUAUGUGAUCUCAUCAUUAAUAAAUGUUGUCUAAUUUCUUGUGUUGCAACCAAAAUAAGCGAAAUCACAUUAAUAUACGUCUGUUUUUGCAUUGUUCUUACCUAGUCCUUACAAUGUAUUUCGUUAUGUUGAUAUUGUCCAUCACAUAUUUGAGUUGCUACAGAUACAAUGCUGAUGCUUGAUCCUGCUUGUUUAUAAAACUGCCAAAUUGACAGAUUAUCGCUAAUAUAUCUUUUCUUUGUUAACUCGUUGUUGUGACUCACAGAGUGCUUUAGAAUCUGGUGAACAUCGAGUAUAUUUUU